CCCAGACCAUCUGCGCUCCAGCUGGUGCCUGAGCCCAACUGCCCGUGAAGUCACCAAGAUGAGGUCCCCGCCAGCUGCCCUCUCCCUGCUCCUUCUGCUCCCGCUGCUGGACCGGGCGCCCCCCAGCAGUCCACAGUCGCUGGGCACCACGAAGAUACGGCUCGUGGGCCCGGGGAGCGGGCCUGAGGAGGGCCGCCUGGAGGUGCUGCAUCAGGGCCGGUGGGGCACCGUGUGUGACGACGACUUCGCUCUCCGGGAGGCCACAGUCGUCUGCCGCCAGCUGGGCUUCGAGUCCGCCUUGACCUGGGCCCACAGUGCCAAGUAUGGCCAAGGGGAAGGACCCAUCUGGCUGGACAACGUGCGCUGCGCAGGCACAGAGAGCUCCCUGGACCAGUGCGGGUCUAAUGGCUGGGGCGUCAGCGACUGCAGCCACUCGGAGGACGUCGGGGUGGUGUGCCACCCCCAGCGCCAGCGUGGCUACUUUUCUGAAAGGGUCUCCAAUGCCCUCGGGCCCCAGGGCCAGCAGCUGGAGACGGUGCGGCUCAAGCCCAUCCUCGCCAGCGCCAAGCGGAGCAGCCCGGUGACCGAGGGAGCCGUGGAGGUGAGGUUCGAGGGCCAUUGGCGGCAGGUGUGCGACCAGGACUGGACCCGGAACAACAGCCGGGUGGUGUGCGGGAUGCUGGGCUUCCCCAGCACGGCGCCGGUCAACAGCCACUACUACAGGAAAGUCUGGGAUUUGAAGAUGAAAGACCCCAAGUCUAGGCUGAAGAGCCUGACCAAGAAGAAUUCCUUCUGGAUCCACCGGGUCAGCUGCCUGGGGACAGAGCCCCACAUGGCCAACUGCCAGGUGCAGGUGGUGCCCGCCCGGGGCAAGCUGCGACCAGCCUGCCCGGGGGGCAUGCACGCCGUGGUCAGCUGUGUGGCGGGUCCCCGCUUCCGCCCUUCUAAGGCAAAGCCUGUGCGCAAGGAGUCUGGGGCAGAGGAGAUGAAGGUGCGCCUGCGCUCUGGGGCCCAGGUGGGCGAGGGCCGCGUGGAAGUGCUCGUGAACCGCCAGUGGGGAACAGUGUGCGACCACAGGUGGAACCUCAUCUCCGCCAGCGUCGUGUGUCGUCAGCUUGGCUUUGGCUCCGCUCGGGAGGCCCUCUUUGGGGCCCAGCUGGGCCAAGGGCUGGGGCCCAUUCAUCUGAGUGAGGUGCGCUGCAGGGGGUACGAGCGAACCCUCAGUGACUGCUCCUCCCUGGAAGGGCCCCAGAAUGGUUGUCAACAUGAGAAUGAUGCUGCUGUCAGGUGCAACAUCCCUGACAUGGGCUUCCAGGGCCAGGUGCGCCUGGCUGGUGGGCGCAACCCGGAGGAAGGCGUGGUGGAGGUGCAGGUGGAGGUGAAUGGCGUCCAACGCUGGGGGGCCGUGUGCAGUGACCACUGGGGGCUCACCGAAGCCAUGGUGGUCUGCCGACAGCUCGGCCUGGGAUUUGCUAGCCAUGCCAUUAAGGAGACCUGGUACUGGCAGGGGACACCGGGGGCCGAGGAGGUGGUGAUGAGUGGCGUGCGCUGCACGGGCACGGAGCUGGCUCUGCAGCAGUGUCAAAGGCACGGGCCGGUGCACUGUUCCCAUGGCACCGGGCGCUUCUCAGCCGGAGUGUCCUGCACUGACAGUGCCCCGGACCUUGUGAUGAACGCGCAGCUCGUGCAGGAGACGGCCUACCUGGAGGACCGGCCACUCAGCCAGCUGUACUGUGCCCACGAAGAGAACUGCCUCUCGCAGUCUGCUGACCGCAUGGACUGGCCCUAUGGACACCGGCGCCUGCUGCGCUUUUCCUCACAGAUCCACAACCUGGGCCGGGCCGACUUCCGCCCGAAGACGGGACGCCAUAGCUGGAUCUGGCACCAGUGCCACAGGCACUACCACAGCAUUGAAGUCUUCACCCACUACGACCUACUCACACUCAACGGCUCCAAGGUGGCUGAGGGGCACAAGGCUAGCUUCUGUCUAGAGGACACAAAUUGCCCCACAGGAAUGCAGCGGCGCUACGCGUGUGCCAACUUCGGGGAGCAAGGCGUGACCGUAGGCUGCUGGGACACUUACCGGCAUGACAUUGACUGCCAGUGGGUGGACAUCACAGACGUGGGUCCCGGGGAUUAUAUCUUCCAGGUGGUUGUGAACCCAAAAUAUGAGGUGGCGGAGUCAGAUUUCUCUAACAACAUGAUGAGGUGUCGCUGCAAGUAUGACGGGCACCGUGUUUGGCUGCACAACUGCCACACAGGUGAUUCAUACCGGGCGAGCACUGAGCUCUCCCUGGAGCAGGAGCAGCGUCUCAGGAACAACCUCAUCUGAAGCCAUCCCUGCACACUCCCAGCUGCUGCCCACACACCAGAUACCUCAGCUUACUGGAGCCAUGCUCUUUACAGAGCCCUAACUCAGAGGGAAAGGGCCGGUGCCAAGGAGCACCAAGAACCUGCUCAGGAAGCCUUUUGAUGGCAGGAUCACUGAACUAGGAUGGCACAGCUCCCUCAGGAGGGCUCUCAGGCUGCCCCCCAAGGGCCUUUGCCUCUGGACCAUGGCCGCCAGGCUUUGUUCAACUGAGCUCCUCCUCCAUACAGAGACCCAAUCUUUCCUGUAUCUUGCCCUGGAGUUCCUGGUUCAGGAGCAGUCAGUUUAGAGGGAUGGACUAUGACCUAAUCCCCCAUCUAAAUGGUGCUUUGCCAAUGUCUCGGAGGAGCAGAGGACAGGACCAAAGUAGACAGGAGGUGGGGUCAGUGCUCUGCUAGGAGUUCAAAGCAAUAUAACUUGUGUCAAAGUCACAAGUGGCAGAGAAGUGGGUGAAUCCAGCCCCUUGCUUAUCUUUUCUCAUUUAGAUCUCACCUCUUAUUCUAAGAGUCUGUUCUUGUGAGCUUAAUUUUAAUUCUACUACACACAUGGGUGUUUCUAAGAUCCCCAGAAGCUUAGGCCUCAGGCAUCCUCUUAUGUCCUGAUGGGCUGACAACACCAGGUACUGAGUGCUCAAGAAGGGGGCAGAUGCACCGAAGUAGUCAGAUAAGGUAGGGCCUUCCUGAAGAGCAGCAAGAGGAGGCCAACCACGAAGACUGCCUAGUGAUAUGGACCCCACCCCUGCCAGGGCCUCUGCCAAGGAAAUACAUGCCAUAUUCCUGGCAGCCAAGUCAAUCUCCUUCAAAAUCACUGCAUCUCAGAACUGGUUUAAAUUUCAGUUCUCAACCAGGCUUAUGGAGUGAACUUUGCAUUGAAUAAAUGUUUGCAAUGGAAAGAACUCAGUCAAAGAAGCCACUCAUCUCUGUAUGAGUAAGACAGGUAUGGUGGUGUAGGGGCCAGGGGCUAUGGCGAAGAGAGAAGGGGAAUAUUUACUCUGGUUAAAGACUAAGUCUUAGAGAGGCGAUCAUUCCUGUUUGAUGUGGCUGUGAUAAUGCUCUUGCUCAGGUACUAGAAAAGCCCAUGUGAUUCUUCAUUUCUUUCUCCACCUAGACACAUCAAGGAGGUGAUCCUUACAGUCUAACACCAAAUACCAAUGAAGGCUGCUUACUAUGGACUGCUCCAAAGACGAGACUCUGGGCAGUUCCCAGCACAUGAGCUCUUUUCGCUCUGCUGGGCUGCUGGCUGGAUGCCUAGGGCAGGCACAGUGCUCACAAUAGCCCGCUAUACAUCUCAGACCAGAUAUUAGCCUACUGCUGCUGCCCUACUGCUGCCUGGCUCAGUCCUAAACACGGGUCAGAAAGGUUAAGGAAUGAAAGGUGGGAGGCAAAAAGGUAAAGUCUACGGGUUGUACACAA